AUGUCGGCGCCAGCAGCUAGCCAGCGGAAGCAGCAAGAUUUGCAAACGCAAUAUGGCAUUUACAAGAACACGCUGCAGCAGAUUGCGCAGAAGAUCGGUGAUGUCGAGCAAGAAGCCGAAGAGCAUAAGCUCGUACUAGAGACGCUGCAGCCGCUAUCCGGGGAUCGCAAGGCCUUCCGCCUGAUCAACGGCGUGUUGAUGGAGCAGACGGUCAAGGACGUCCUGCCGGCGUUGACAACCAACUCGGAGGGCCUGAAGAAGGUUCUGGAGGACUUGGUCAAGCAGUACAAGACGAAGCAGGAUGAGCUGGAGAAGUGGAAGAAGAAGAACAAUGUCCAGGUUGUCCAGAACUGA